AUGAAUGGAACAAAGAGGGUUAAUGAUCAUACUCCCUCACCCCAACCAACAUGUACCAGAUUGAAAAUCUACAAAUUAGGAGAUUUAUUAGAGAAAGAAACCCAAAUCUGGUGGGACAUCACCAGUUUCGAAUUCUAUGUUUCCAACAAUCUAGUACCAAGGGGAUUGAGGUUACAAAAACCCCUAGCUUAUAAAAGGAAAGAUGAAAAUAUAUUGAAAAAAUGGGACCAAUUACUAGAUAAGGGGUCCCUACUUUUAAUUAUCUUCCUAAUUGGGGAAAAAAAGAAAGAGUUGGAACAAUUAGAAAUUGAAAUUGAACAAUUAAAAACAGACUUAUCUCCUGAAACUGAAAAUGGAUUAUAUGCAGAAUUACUCGAUAAGAUAGAGAGGAAAGUAAAAGACUUGGAUAAUAAAAUAGGAGAAGGCAAAAGGAGAAAAAUUAUGAGAGAUAAAGAAGAUUAUGAUAAAGGGGUACAAAGAAAUUGGAAGAAACAGAACUAUACCAAAUCAGAAUGGGCUAUACACCAACAAUGGGAGAAAAACAGAACCCCAAAUAGAAGAGAACACGUUUGGAAAAACCAAGUGAGAGGAAUGGAGAAGAAGAGAUUUAAUCCAGUAAGAAAUAUACAAGAAAGGGCACAUUAUCACAAUUACCACCAUUCCCCCAACAAUUCCAGAAAUCAUUUUAGAAAUCAAGGGAGAACAAUGGAGAGGAGAGGAUCAGAAUCUCAAAGAGGUACAUAUGAGAGACAGAAAUACAAAUAUAACCCACGACAAUCCCCCUCGAAAGGUGGGUUAUAUUUAGAGAAUAAUCAUAUAAGAAAUGAGAAACGGAGGAGUGAUAUUUUACAAAAAGACGAAAGAUUGUGUAAAGACAGAAGGGAAAUACAUAUUAAUUCCCCUAGGACCAAACAAUGUUUAACACCAUCUAUCAUUUCACCCCAUCAAAAAGAUUUUUAUGGGGAUUUUUUAGAGAAGAGAGAGGAGACGAGAAUGGCUGUAAAGAAAUCAUGGAGAGAGAGGGGAGAAAUAUUACGGUCUCCAAUACAAAGAAAAAGGCAAAGAAGAGAGGAAGACAGAGGAGAAAUAAUCCAGAUAUAA